GGCGCCUUCGCUGCUGGGUACUCGGCGAAGCUGCUGUACUCCGGGACGUCCCUGGGGACGCACAGUCCCGGCCGGAGUCCAGACUUCCCCGAUCCUGAACUCCUUGCUGUCCCGGGGACAUCACAGGAUCUUCUCCGGGAUCUUUUUCCUCCCUCCUGACUCCCAAAUCCAGCUAACCUUUGACCUCCUGAGAUUUGACCUCCGACACUCUUGAUUCCGGAACCCUAAAUUCCUACCUUCUGCAGGCUGGACUGCUGAAAUUGAGGUCUUUCCUGAUUUCUGACGCUGUUUCUGAAGCUCAUUUUGACUUUCUUACCCUGGGCCAGUUCUUGCUACCGCUACCCCACCAUGGACUUCUUGAUGAGCGGCCUGGCAGCCUGCGGGGCCUGUUUGUUCACCAAUCCCCUGGAGGUGGUGAAGACUAGGAUGCAGUUGCAAGGAGAACUGCAGGCCCACGGCAGCUACCAGCGGCACUACCGAAACGUCUUCCAUGCGUUCAUCACUAUUGGCAAGGUGGACGGCCUGGCUGCCCUGCAGAAGGGCCUGGGCCCUGCCCUCCUAUACCAGUUCCUGAUGAAUGGCAUCCGGCUGGGCACCUACGGGCUGGCUGAGACUGGGGGUUACCUGCACACGGCUGAAGGCACCCUCAAUCCUGCCCGCAGCGCAGCAGCUGGGGCCAUUGCUGGGGUCAUAGGAGCCUACUUGGGGAGCCCUAUCUACAUGGUGAAGACACACCUCCAAGCACAGGCAGCCUCAGAAAUCGCUGUAGGGUACCAGUAUAAGCAUCAGGGCAUGUUUCAGGCACUAACCGAGAUUGGCCGGAAACACGGUCUGGCGGGGUUGUGGCGUGGCGCCAUGAGUACCCUGCCCCGAGUUAUUGUCGGUUCCUCCACCCAGCUGUGCACCUUCUCAUCCACCAAGGACCUCAUAACCCAGUGGGAGAUAUUUCCUCCCCAGAGCUGGAAGGUGGCUCUGGCCGCUGCCAUGGUGAGUGGCAUUGCAGUGGUCCUGGCUAUGACACCCUUUGAUGUGGCCUGCACAAGGGUCUACAACCAGCCCACAGACACUCAGGGCAAGGGCCUCAUGUACCGGGGGAUACUGGACGCUCUGCUGCAAACAGCUCGGACAGAGGGCAUUUUUGGCAUGUACAAGGGUAUAGGGGCCUCCUACUUCCGCCUUGGCCCUCACACCAUCCUCUCCCUCUUCUUCUGGGACCAGCUGCGCAUCCUCUACUACACAUACGUCAAAUAACAGCCACUCUUCCACACUCCACCAAAUCGGCAUUCCCUGGACACUUCUGCCUUCGUUACUAUGUCCUGGUGACUUCUGAUCAGUUGACCUUUCAUCCGUCAGAGGGGGACAGCCAAUGCCACUCCCUGUCUGUUUUCUCAGGGUUGAAUCACCACAAGAGAGUUUCCCUCCCUUCCUUGGGUGUCACUUUAAUCCUUCUCUACCUGCCCCUCUGUACAUUUCACACCCUUCCCUCAGGGCUGAACCCGUCACCCCAAAGCAUAUUUCCUCCCUUUCUCCACUGCCAGCCCCGGGUCCCUUCUGAUCCCAUGUACAACUUUAAAUUCCCUCUCCAAGACCAAUGGGAACUGGGGAGACCUGGGGGUCCUUUUAGAUUCAAAGACAUAGAGAUUAUAUUGGUUAUAAAGCAAGUUUAUUUCUGCAGAGAA